UUUUAGCCAAUUGGUCGAUUAGCCUGUUCAAUCUGCGAUCAUUCAAUAAUGGGAAGUUCUGUCUAUGUGAUAAUGUUGGGCCUGAUUGGGACCGUUAGUCCAUCAUAAUCACUGCCUAUGAUAUUAUUCGAAUUAUGAAUAAUAUAGUACCAAGAUCAUCAAAAUCAACGCGAUGUGGAGAAGAUAAAAAAAAUGUGCCAGUGGACGUUGAAAGAGAUUUGAAAUUAAUGACUUGCAUUCUCGCCAUCGAACAUUACUCCCUUAUUAUGCUUGGAGCAAUUACAGAAUAUCCAAUGCUACACACACCAUGGCUAAUGAUGCAAUUAUGCAUAAUGAUUGUAGAAAUUAUUGUCUUUUUCGUGAGACUAUUUUUAGAUGGACUUCACAUAAAAAGAGAUGAAAUAUUUUUGGCAAUAUGGUCAUUACAUAAUUGGCUACAAGUCUUCUGCUUGUUUCAUCGACAAUCACGAGUUUAAAUAAGAGAGUCUAUUAGAAGAGCCCUAAUAAAAACCGACGACCAAAUUUGAAAAAACUUUCCUUGAAAAACUCCAUAAGAAAAAGUACUCUACACAA